CCCACAGCCCUCCCCAGCGCCAGGCCCUGCCCCACGGGUGGGCACAGCGCCAGGGAACUUCACCGACCCCGGGGACACAGCAGCACUGAGGCAGAAGAAUGAGGGCUUUACUUCCCAGCUCCAGCCCUCCCAACACACCGACGUCUCCCGGCCCGGCUUUGCCGCAGGCGCUGUGGGGGCUGCGCUGCCAUGUCGUGACAGGGCGGGGGGUUCGCUGUCGUGACAGAGCUCCGGAGGUGUCAGCGUCGUGACGAGGCCUACGCUGCGAGAUGGCGGCACGCGGGGCGGUGACAGAAGGACGGGGCUGCGGAGGGGACAGCGGUACUAUCGCGAUACGCUCCACGCAGUGGCGACGUGGGGACCACCCCGCGGCCCGGCGCGGGCUCAGGGGCUGCGGCGAAGCGGCGGACUCCGCCGGGGCGGAGCCAGAAACAAGAUGGCGCCCGGCCCGCCACCUUCGCGGCGCCGUCCCUCCAAGGGCGCAGCCCGGCGGGGCGCCCCGCCUCCCUGCGGUGCCCAUUGGACAGUUUGAGACAGAGUGCCGCUCUCAUUGGCGCGGAGCCCCUUCGUGGCCGACGCCUCCGAGCCGCGAUUGGCCCACGCGCCCGUCAUUUUGCCGGUCCGCCUUCCGCGGCGGCGCGACCCGCGCGGCUGAUUGCCGAAUUCAGCCGCCCGUCACGCCCCCGCUCCACCUCCCCCACGACGCCGCCGUGCUAUUGGCUGCGCGCAACGCCCGUCACGCCGCAGGGCAGACCGCCGCGGCCGCUCCCAUACGGGGUCUCCCUGUGAGCGCGCGCGGGCGCCGAUUGGCCAGCGCGGCCGGCGGCCCCCCCCCCUCCCCGCCGCUGAUUGGCCCCCGCCCUCCUCUCUCCCCCCCACCCCGGGGCGGGGCGGCGGGGGCGGUGUGCCCGCUCCCCCCCUCCCCCCUCCCGCGGCCCGCCCUCGCUCCCCGUUAG